AGCCAAUCCCUGAACGGUUCAUUGGACUGGGGGCACAUUGCUUACAUCGGCUCAACAUUCAGGUGCUCAAGAGCUAGCCGCUGCGGCACCAUGGGUUUGUUGUCCACGCUGAUGAGGGGUUUUGUCAGAGGCGCUGACAGGAUGUCCGAGUUCACCAGUAAACGUGGAUCAAGGACUCACAAUAAAGGCAGGGGUGCAAGGCCCACUGGACUGAACCUCUCCAGCAGAAAGUUUGUGUCCAUUCGUAGCAUGAUUCCUGAGUUUGUAGUGCCUCAUUUGGAGGGAUUCAAACUCAAGCCAUACGUAUCCUAUCGUUGUCCAAAAGGAACAGAAGCGCCACUCACAGCAGAGAGUUUGUUUGCAGAAGUUGUGGCACCUCAGAUCGAGAAAGACUUUGAAGAGGGCACUUUCAGCAAAGACCAGCUGGAGAAGUAUGGAUUUGAGCCCACACAGGAAGGGAAACUCUUCAAGCUGUAUCCUAAGAACUAUGUGCGUUAAUGAUGGACCUACAGUGUGAUGGUUUUGCAAAGAAAUACAGAAACUGCUGACUAACUGGAACCAGACAGCUGAAGGCCAACUGAUGUGACACCUUCAGGAAAAUAAUCACAAAUGGCACCGUAAACAAUAGUGUUUCUGAUAUUUGAUCAUCUGGCACUAUGAAACUUACAGGCAUAAUUCAUACUGCAAACCUGUAUAUUAAUCACUGUAAAGAUUAUAUGAACAGUUUGAUGUGAUCAUUUCCAAAUUAAAAUUACUAAUGUACAAAA